AUGUUCUAUGAGGGAACCCUUCAGGAAGGUAUCUCGACAGCCGUCGGUCAGCAGAAACUUGUUCUAUGUUUCGUGACAGAUGAAAGCGACGAGAGCACACAAUGGGAAAAUGAGUUUCUGGUCGAUGAUACGUUGAGCGACUUACUCAAGGAGCAUUCUAUUGCGCUCCGUCUUAAGGCUGGAUCCGAGGAAGCCGGAUACUUAGCUCAGAUCUUCCCUCUACCACGGACUCCGACUGUUGUUAUCAUUAAGAAUGGAGAACUAAAGGAGUACAUCACACCGGGGACCAGCAAAGAGGAUUUCUUACGGAGAGUUCAGACUGCUUUUAACUCCACUGCUGCGCCUACAGCCCCAGCCCCAGCUCCAGCUCCAGCUACAACCCAACCAACCUCGGCACCAGAGCAAACCAGCGCACCACAGCCCCAGGCAGAGACACCCGUACCUUCAGAACAGCAGCGCACUCCUCCAACAGCGGUCCCUUCAACGUCAGAGAAUGUUCGUCGGAUACUAGCUGAGAGGGCUGCCAGGCUGCAAGCCCAAAAAGAGGAGAAUGAGCGCAAGGUGAAGGAGGAACGCGCAAGGACGAAAGAGAAAGCCAAAGCUGAGGCCGAAGCUGGUAUGGACACGGACAACGCCCGGGCUCACAAGCAAGCUGAGGCAGUAAGGAAGAAGAAACAGAAAGACCAAGAGGAGAAGGCGCGGAUUCUCAAGCGUAUCGAAGAUGACAAGGCAGAGCGACGGCUGCGUGCCGAGCUGCGUGAGAAGCAGAAAAUUGAUAACCUCAAGGGUGGCGACGUCGCAGCAUCAUUAGUGAACGCACCAGAAACAAAGCUGUCAAGCUCCUCCAAGUCUGGCGCGAUAACGGCUCUUCAAGUCCGUUUGUUUGAUGGUUCAACACUGAGGAAUCGCUUCAAGACGACUGCGCACCUAAAAGAGGUCCGACAAUGGGUGGAUGAAAAUAGAGGCGAUGGUUCGCAGCCAUACACGUUCAAGCAGGUCCUCACACCGCUACCGAAUAAGAACAUUGACGAGACUGAGGAGGAUAAACCGUUAGGAGAUCUUGGCCUUUUUCCGUCUUCGACAUUGGUGCUUAUUCCCGUCAAGAAGUUUACAACCGCCUACGAUGAAUCACAGGGCAUCGUUUCGAGAGUUAUUGGAUUUAUUCUCAGCAUUUUCACAUGGAUAUUCAGUCUUUUUGGAGGUGGUGAUGACCGCGCUGGGCACCGAGGGCCUAUGAACGAUGCGCCGGCCAGUUCUCAAGAGCGUGUUCAGUCAUUCCAGAAUCGCAGAGACCACCAAAGAGAUCAACAGCUGUACAAUGGAAAUUCACUGAACUUUGAGCCACGGCCAGAAGAGGAGGAGAAAGAUAAAUGA